GCUAUCUAUAAAUGCUGUGAUGUUUACAUGGCGAAAACAAAAUAUGUUAAAAUACCCAUUAAUAUAUCAUGUUAUAUUGAGACGUAACAUGAUAUUUACAUGUUGAAGAUAGAUUAAUAUAUCCAUGAGAAAUUGUCUUGAGGGGAAUUUGAUGUACACUGCACCCAUGACUGGUAGAUGUGCCUCUUAUGAGUCUAGCUUUAGGGUUGACAUACUACAGUUGUCUUUUUGAUGACUUUUGAUGACAUUCCUCUAGGUGGCAUCAAAACACUUGCAGGUCUUCAGAGCAUGUUGUUUUUCCGUUUCUGUGAAAUUAUUAUUCAGGAUAGAAAAUAAUGCAUGAAGAUAAUUUGUUUUCUGCAUUUUCUGUGAAGGCAGGGGUGCCUUAUGUGAAAUUCUCCUAAUUUUUGUGUUGAAUGUAUUUUAUCUUUUAAUUUUUGGUGGUUAUAUGUUGAGUUUUAAAAAAAUUUUUGGUUUUGUUUUUUGCUCCCACUCUUUAAUAUAAUUUAUAACAGCUGAUAUAAUAAAAUAGUUUACGGCAUUGUUGAAAGGCAAACAGCUAAAAUAUACAGAUGGAAAAUAUUGGGAUAAUCCCCACAUUUUACUGACCUGUUUGUCACACUUAACAACUAGUGAUUGAAUUCACCAAAGUUUACUUGCAUGUUUUCAGGAAAAUUCCACAUAUUAAAAUAGUUUCAGUUUCAGUUCAUUGGUAUGUCUCCUUGAACUUAAUAUAUCAAUGAAACACAAACAAAGAAUAAAAAAUAAAAAAACAGUUUUCAAAAAGGCUCUGAAUGUAGUUUAUCACAGUUUUUCUUUUUCAAUUGUUUUCUGUUUCCAAGCACUCAUUUCCUCUCACAUAUAGGGUGUGAAUAGAUAUCAAUAGGGUUUUUUUUGUUCCUGCCCUCCAAGUAACCUGUUGUAAAACAAUCUACAGGUGUAGGUGUAGCACGCAUGCAGUGAAUGCAUAACAGCAGCAAGGGUAUCUGAAGUAUCUAAACUUUCCUCCUUUAUCAAACUACAGAAAUUCCACAGAGCAAGUUAUGAAUGACGUGGCUUUAACAUUAAAGGUGUGGCAGGUGAAAUCUUUGGGUCCAACCCCAGUGGUAACAGCCUGUGAGAGGUGUGGAGUGUUCCCCUGUGUGUGUGUGUGUGGGUGGGUGCGUGCGUGCGUUUGUGUGUGUGUGUGUGUGUGAGAGAGAGAGAGAGAUCACAGCUAGCCAGAAGACAGGGAGGAGGCCCUAAAACCAGCUAAAGCAGCAGCAUUAGGAUCAGAAACACCCGACGUUAUGCAAACGCACGCAUACUGAGUGUAGGCAGCUCCCGCUGCCUUUCGCACUCAGUGGCAGGACCGGCAUCGCAGCAGAAAGAGCGGGAGGAGGGGCCAGCAGCCAGAUCUUCAGCCUGCAGGUUCCUGCCUGCGUAAGAGAGCAGGGCUAGGUUAACCACAGAUGAGUUUCCGGACACGCCGGGUGGCUUGCCAACUUCGAGAGACCUGAGUGCAGGAGGAGAUGGCAGUGCUGUGAUUCCGCUUGCCUGGACCAGUAUCGGUCAGCCCGGCAGGUUUCCGUUUGUUCUCCUUGGUUCGAGCGGCUCCCGGUGAACAGGCAUCUCAGUGCUGGGGAAGCCGAUGAUCAUCGCUGUCCCGCUUUGGCGCUCUGGUUUUUGAGCGGCAGGAGCAUGACACAUAACGGCUCGGCGGCCGGCCACGGCAGGCAGCGAGAGGAACUUAAAAUUGUGAUUGUGGGGGAUGGGGGAUGUGGGAAGACAUCCCUUCUCAUGGUGUAUGCCAAAGGAGAUUUUCCAGAGAAAUAUGCUCCAUCUGUGUUUGAAAAGUACAUCACCACAGUCAAGUAUGGAGGCAGAGAAAUCGUCUUGAACCUCUAUGAUACAGCGGGUCAAGAGGACUAUGAUCGGUUAAGGCCACUCUCCUACCAGAAUGCCAACCUUGUGAUCAUCUGCUAUGAUGUGACCAACCCCACCAGCUUUGACAAUGUUAUGAUCAAGUGGUACCCAGAGGUGAACCAUUUCUGCCGUGGCGUUCCGGCAAUUCUUAUUGGCUGCAAGACAGACCUCCGCAAGGACAAGGAGCGAACCAGGAAGCUGCGGGCUCUCGGUCAGGCCCCCAUCACAUAUAUCCAGGGGGAGGAGACCAAGCUGCAGAUCAAUGCUGAACUGUACCUGGAAUGUUCCGCAAAGUACAGGGAGAACGUGGAGGACAUUUUCAGAGAGGCUGCCAAGCGGGGCCUGGCAGGCAUUCGGAAAGCCAGGCAAGCACGCAAGAAGAGCGGGAUGUGCGUCCUCCUCUGAUCACAUGACUAGCACGGUCCACGGAUGAACAGCUGAGAGGAUGCAGCGGCCAUCUUGUUUCUCAAGUACAAUAUUGUACAAGUACUGUGUCUGCUCUCGCAAAAGACAAUGACCCUUUUUAAAAAUAAAUAUUUCAAAUACUUUUUUUUUAAAUGGCAUGAAAGUUGUGCCAAAAUGGUCUUACUUUUUCCCCAGCUGGUGAAGCCGCGUGUGGGCAUUUAUUUGUUGAGCCAUUCCAGGAAUAACGUGUUGCCCGACAUCCAUCAGGAAGUCCAUAUACCUGAAUCCCCACUGUCCAAAUGGAAGCUCCUGUUUGGGGUACUGGCUGGACCAGACCCCACACAAUGUUUUUGGGGAGAAACUGUAUGCUGCUAGCCUAUCACUUCACUGUAACUGGUGAUUUACACUGUAUUAUCAUGUGGAAAUGAGAAAUAUUCAAAGAGGCACAAUUCCAAAAUUUGUGAUUUUACACACUGUACACUUAUUUAUCAAAAAGUAAGAAUCAGUCCACAAACAGGGAAAUUGAUCAAUGAAUGUGAAAUAACCAUUUUCCAUCUAAUUAAAGCAGCUAGGAUUGAUU